AAAAUAUAUGUACAGUAGGGCGUCAACGGGAAUUGACCUUGUCACAAGUUUUCCUCUCUAAAGUCUCCAUUCGUUUUACCAGAGAUCGAGCAUAUUCAGCUUUGUUAGUCGAGCUUACCAUCUCUUUGUGGCAUAUCACAAGCUUUGAGUAUCAGCAAAAAUGAGUGACAAUCUUAUGGACAAAGUUACCGCAUUUGGUGAGCGCCUAAAGAUCGGAGGUUCAGAAGUUAGCAACAAGAUCAGUGCUGGUGUGAGCUCAAUGAGCUUCAAAGUUAAGGAACUUUUUCAAGGUCCAAACCCAACUGAUAAAAUAGUCGAGGAUGCUACUACAGAGAAUCUAGAGGAACCUGACUGGGAUAUGAAUUUGGAAAUAUGUGAUAUGAUCAACCAAGAGACAAUUAAUAGCGUUGAGUUGAUCCGUGGAAUAAAGAAGAGGAUAAUGAUGAAGCAGCCGAGAAUUCAAUACCUUGCCUUGGUUUUACUGGAGACGUGUGUUAAGAACUGCGAGAAGGCCUUUUCGGAGGUGGCAGCAGAAAGAGUCCUUGAUGAAAUGGUAAAGCUGAUUGAAGACCCACAGACAGUUGUGAAUAAUCGAAACAAAGCUUUGAUACUGAUUGAAGCUUGGGGAGAAUCAACCAGUGAACUCCGCUACCUACCAGUUUUUGAAGAAACUUAUAAGAGCUUGAAAGCAAGAGGUAUUCGCUUCCCUGGACGAGACAACGAGAGCUUGGCACCUAUUUUCACUCCUGCACGGUCAACUCCAGCACCAGAAGUAAAUGCUGAUAUUCCUCAGCAUGUGCAUGAGCCUGCACAUAUUCAGUAUGAUGCUCCUGUACGAAGCUUUACCGCUGAGCAGACAAAGGAAGCUUUCGAUAUAGCAAGAAACAGCAUUGAACUUCUUUCCACGGUUCUGUCCUCUUCGCCUCAACAAGAUGCUCUACAGGAUGACUUGACAACAACACUUGUACAACAAUGUCGUCAAUCUCAAACCACUGUCCAAAGAAUCAUUGAAACAGCAGGUGAAGAUGAAGCACUUCUAUUUGAAGCCUUAAAUGUGAACGACGAGCUAGUGAAAACGCUGUCUAAGUAUGAGGAGAUGAACAGACCCUCUGCACCACUAACCGCACAUGAGCCAGCCAUGAUUCCUGUUGCCGAAGAGCCCGAUGAAUCUCCGGUUCAUGCAAAGGAAGAAUCUCUGGUUAGAAAAUCUUCUGGUGUUCGUGGUGGGUUUCAUGGAGGUGGUAGCGGGGAUGACAUGAUGGAUGAUCUUGAUGAGAUGAUAUUCGGUAAGAAAAGUGGCGGUGAUUCUUCGACAAAUGCUGAUCAUGACCCGAAAAAGGAGAAGUCUUCGUCUAAAAAUGAUGAUCUCAUUCGAUUCUGAGAUGGUGUUUUUAAAGGCGAAAUAAUAACUCUUUUAUGGAUUUGGUGUUUAAUUGGUAGUAUGAAUGAACAGAUUGUCAGUGUAAGUAAUCUGUGUUUGGAGAUCUCUUUGACUUGUGUGAUGGGUUUAUAGAGGAGAUUUGUUAUGGACACAAAAGAUUUGAAAUCUUCUCACUGUGUUUAACUAUUGGUUUCCUUUUCAACUCA